CACCUAUGACAGCCCACAUUCGCUACCAUGCUUUAACAUUUCAUCUGAUAAAACGAAACAAUGUGUUUGUAAAUUGAAGCGAAGCUUGAAUCCGCUUAUGUAAUGUAAUAUUUAAUAGAUAUAUGUUUUUAGUCAACUAUAAUUUUGUUCAUGUAAUGUGUCGUUGACCGUUCUGAGUGUUUAACAUGGCAGUUAUUAUUUUUGAUGAGGAUCACUUGCUGAUCAGUGCUCUCAUCACCCUUGCUAUGCAGCUGAUUUUCUUCAUAGUAGCUGCAACUUUUCAGUUUGAUAAAGUAACCGACUUUGCAGGUGGAGUCAACUUUAUUAUUAUUGCCAUCCUGACAUUAGUGCUUUCUGAGACUUAUGAACUUAGACAAAUCAUGGUCACUACCUUUGUUUGCUUGUGGGGAAUCAGAUUAUCAGGAUUUCUUUUCUAUAGAAUUCUUCGGAUUGGCAGAGACAAACGGUUUGAUGACAGAAGAAGCAAUGUCAUUCGUUUUGCUGUGUUUUGGACUUUUCAAGCCAUAUGGGUUUUCACUGUAAGCCUUCCAGUGAUUUUUAUCAAUUCUCCCAGGAAAGUGAGUCGUGAUGUCAAUCCUCCUCCUAUGACAGCCUUAGAUAUUGCAGGAACUGUAAUGUUUGCUGUUGGUUUUCUCUGUGAAGCCAUUUCUGAUAUUCAGAAAUAUAAGUUCAAAGGAAAUUCUACAACGAAAGAUCGAUGGUGUGAUGCAGGCCUUUGGAAAUAUUCCCGCCAUCCAAACUAUUUUGGAGAGAUUCUUUUGUGGUGGGGCAUUUUUGUGAUUGCAGCAAACACUUUGCGUGGUCCUGAAUGGAUUGCCGUCCUCAGCCCUGUCUUCACAUCAGCUAUUCUGCUAUUCCUCAGUGGGCUGCCAUUGCUUGAAAGGAGUGCAGAUGAGAGAUAUAGGACUAUUGAAGAGUAUCGUAAUUACAAGAUGAAUACAAGUCCAUUGAUACCCUUACCUUCUGGAGUUUAUGCUGAUGUUCCCAAAAUAUUUAAAGUGCUGCUCUUCUGUGAAUAUCCACUUUAUAAUUAUUUAGAUCCUUCUAAAGCAGCUCCUUUACCACCUGAUGUUCCAGUACCAGAGGCUGGAGCUCUACAAAGCCCUGAUCUUAACCUGAACCAAAAAAAUUAUAAUUCAUGUGACUAUCCUGAAUCUUAAAGUAUUUCUUUAUUAUUUUGUAUUGCAAAGUAUUUGUACUGUUCUUUCUUUUUAAAACUAUAAAUUUCUAAUUAUUUUGUAGAUACAAAAUUAACAUUAUAACAAUAGGAAAAUAAAUGAAAUUAAAUAGAAAAAAAAUAGGGGAAUUAUUUAUUAUGAUAAUCUUUAUUCAAAUCAUGGUUAUUUAAUUCAAAGAUUUCUGUAUAUAGGUUCUAGAAAAAGCGAAGAUUUCAUGAAAAAUUUGGGAUUGUUUGCUAGACAGUGUGUGAUUGAAAAAAAUGCUGCCAGAUAUUGAGAUUGAAUAAUGAUAUAAAUGAGAAUUUUUUAGCAUCAUUCUGAGUACUUCAGGUAGUAAUAUAGUAAAAAUGAUUCAAAUCUGUUAUUUCAAAGUAAUGGGAAAAGGGAUAAUUUUUUUAGAAGUUAAAUUCUGAAUUAAUGGAAUACAUUUAUGAAUCUAUUGUAAUUUUCUUUGGCUUGUUUACUAAUUUUAAACUCCAGUUAUCCCAGUUAAUAAUUUUAAACUACAGAAAUGGUAAAAAUAAUAAGUUGGUUUAAGAAUAUUUUUACUGAAAAAUAACUGAUAUAUUGCAUUUUAGUUUAAAAAGGCAAAUGUUAAAAAUAAAAGAUUUGAAAAAAAGGGAAAGGAAUAAAAUAUUUAUGAAUAAAAUUGGUAAAUUACAGUACUCAUAUUUUAAGAUAUUAUCAGAAUUUUAUAUUCUUGAUGAAUAUGUAAUCAAAAGUAAGAUAUAAUUAAUCUUAGUAAGAUAUAAAAUUAAAGGCAAGUAACUGAAAUUUAUUACAUAAUGAAUGAAGAACAGAAUUUCUUAAAUUUAUAGCAUGUAUGUAUAUUUUAGAAACAAUUUUUUUUUUAAUUGUACCAUUUUUCUCUUCUUUCUGCUUUUAUUUUGUAUCUUAAUGCACAUUGAAUAUGAUCAUCAUUAUUAUUAUUUUUGAAAUUGUUGUUCUUUUAUUUUCACUUAAUUUUAGUUCUCAAUAUAUUAGAUUGUUAGUUUCUAGAUUAGUUAAUGUUUUGAUGUUCGAUUAUUUGAGUAAUCUAUUAUUUUGUCUUUGCUAUUAAGCUCCUAAUUUCUGGUGUGAAUUAGAUUUGAACAAAAGAUUGCAUUUUUAAGACAUUAAUUAUGAGGAAAAUUUUUUAACCUUGUGUUUAAUAAUGUAGACUAAUGUAAACUAUUACAUUAUACAUGAUUGAGAUCAUUGAAAAUUAAUCAAAUGAUUGCAAUUAGAAACAUACAUUUUGUACUUAUUCCAUUGCAAAAGUAUAAAAAUUAACAAAUUGCUUCCUUAGAAUUGCUGUUAGUCUGUUAAUGAGGAUAAUGCUAUCAGUCUGCACAUGUUUAGAGCAUAGGUAGUGGAUAAAAUGUUCAUAUGGAAUUUUUGAGAAAAUUCUUCCUUCUGGUUGACAUAUAAUUUUAUAGCAUGAAACAUUUCUAAUUGCAAUCAUUAUUAUUAAAAAUGUUUCUUUAUUUUUAUACCUAGAUAAAUAAAGAAAUAAAAGCUUUAAAAAAUUGUAUUUACUCCCCUCCCCCUCCGAAUUUCAAUUUAGUAGUUCAGUUUAUAAAUUUUUAAUCCAUUUUUUUACUGAAAAAUUUGGUAGUGGUAAUAGAGGUUAUUUACUCCAAUUUUCAAAAUGUUUUCGAUUGAUUUGGGCAUAGUAGUAAAGAAACCCCUCCAGUCCCCCCUUUUUUUCCAAUGUUUUACAUAGUUGCACAGUAAGGCUUAAUGUUGCCAGUCUUGUUGAAUUCAAAAUUUUAAAAAGUGAGGUUUAAAAUUAUAAAAAUUAGCAGUUCUAAUUUUAAAAUUAAAAAAGCUAAGGGUUUUUAUUUUCAAAAACUUUAUAUUUGUGGUUACUUUUUUAUUUUGUUGAACAAAAAAUACAUGUUUUAAGACUAAUUUUUGAGAAAUGAUAACAAAAUCUAGUUGCCUUUGUAUCUUGUGCAUUAACCUCAUUAUAUGGCUGUAAAUGUAAAAUAAGUCUCAUCCUCUGUAAUUUAUUUUAAAAUUUUAUAUUGGAUAUAAAACAUGUCAACUGGAUUUUAUUUCACUGAUUUUAACCACAGUUAAAUUGAAUUUAUAAUUAAUUUGUAUAUUAUUUAAUGUACUGAAAAUCAUAAAUUAAAUCUUUACAAACCUGUUAGAUAUCAUUUCUGUUAUACUUGCUGUAAUAAAUAUGAAAUUUAGUUGUAUAAUCAAAUGCAAGAAAAGUAUUCAUUGAUUAUAGUUUUAUAAAUAUAUACAAUGUUUGUCAUUUCUAUAUCCUUAAGCUUCAAGUAUAUUUUUUAAAUGAUUUUGCUGUAGACAUGUUGAUGAUUGAAAUAAUGUCAUUCUCAUGUAAUCAACUGUUUUUCAGCCUUCAUAAUGCCUUAAUAUACCUAUUUAUAGUGUAGUCUGUAUAAAGUUUGGGAAAAUGUAGUUUUAUUAAAAGUAUCCAACAUUUCAUUUAAUAAAUAAUCAUACAUGUAAAUUUUUAUUUAGGCACAUCAAGGUCAAUAAUUUUUAUGGCUAACUAUCAGAUAGUGGUGAUUUCAGACAUUUGCCCAACACACCAAUUAGCAUUUUACCAAUUUUAAUUUUUCCCAGUUUAUUGUUAAUAUUUCACCCACUUUUUAACUCCAUGCAACAAUUAGAUUUAAGUGAAGUAAAACUGUGUAGAAAUUUGACAUUUGAGAAAUAACUCUAGUAUUGUAAUGGAUAAAGAAGAAUUUGUUUAUUACAAUAUUUAGAUGGAAAUCUUAUAAAAAAACCGCUACUAUUUUUCCUACUUGUGAGUGAAUACUCCCAAAUAGCAAUUACAGAAGCAGCUUAAACAAUUGCAUAAAGCAUUCAUUUAGCAUGAUAAUGUUAAUAUGCUCUCAUACUAUCUGUGAUUUGCAUCUCUAAGAUUUUUUUUUCACAUUCUAGUUAUCUUUUAUUUAAAAAAAAUUAUUAUUUAAAUAUUGUUUUUUUGUCAUUAACUUUAAAGCAUAUUAUUGCACAAAAAAACAUUUUUACUCUGAUUUAAAAUUCAAAGAAUGCAUAUUUUAGUCAUACCAGUUUUAUAACUGUACCAUUUUUAUCCAAUUUUUUAUAAGAUUUCAAAAUAUUUUUUAAGUAUAUUUGCAUUUAAUUGUUUUAAUAAUUGCAUUUAUUAACAUGUAUAUUGUGGUAGUAUUAAAUACAUUUCUGAUGUGCACAACAUUACUGCUAUAUAAUAAAGGGUAGAUUUUUAAAAAUAAAACAAAAAUGUGUAAAUUAAACAUAAAACAUUAUCAUGCUGCUAAUGUGUUUAUCUCUUAAAAAAUGUUUCAAGUUUACCCACAAAUUAACCAAUUAUUUAGAUGAUUAAAUUCUUAGGUCUAGAAUUUUUAAGCAGAUGAACCAUAUUUUUUUAUAAAUAUAAUUGAAACUUCUAAAAUAUUUUGUUCAUGAAAUUUCAGGAAACAACAUUAACCCUUCUGUUGUUUUCUCAUUUACUAUGAGAGAGUAAUACCUAGGUCAGUGUCACUCGGAUAUUAAAUACUAAUUCCAGGAACCUGUAUUUUCUUCGUUUUCUGAAAAAUAUAAUUUUAGAUAAUAUAUACGAAUUUCUCAAACCUAAUAAAUAUAAUUUGUUUGAAAAAUAAUAUAAUGUCUAUAUAUAUAAUGCUUAAAUAUACAAUUUAAAAAAACUGAAUUAGAGCAUUUUUAAGUCUUUUUUUUACAUUUUCUAUUUAGGCUUAAAUUUACUGAUGGAACUUGCAAAUAUAUUUUUCAUUAUUCUUGCUCGGUAUAUUUCAUUUAUUACCAUUGCUUGAUAGGCAGAACGUGAAUCGGGCAUGUUUAUUACUAAAAAAUAAAUAAAAGUUUAUGAUAAAUUUUAUAUUUUUACCAAUAAUAUUUCUACUAUAUUAUUAAAUUUUUUUUGUUUCUUGGCUGAUAUUGUCUUGCCUGAUAUUUUUUUAUUUCCCUAAUUCUUCUAAAAACAGCUUCCUUAUGGUCAAUUUGGCUUCAACCCAUUUAGUAUGUACCAAAGUCUAUAGAAUAAGUAUGUGGAAAGCAAACUUAUCAAAAGAUCGAUUAUAAAAUAUAAUCUUUGUUUAAGUAAUUUGUUUCCUUUUUAUAUUUAUUAUACUAACCUCAAGAACUUAUGUUCUUCCUGUUUUCAAGAAAAUAUAUUUUGGAGAAAAUAAAAAAAAAUUAAAAGAAUAUAUCUGAUAUAACUGAAAACAAUAAAUGUCUAAUCAUAAAAUUUAUUUAUCUAAAAUUUAAAUAUAUAUAUAUUAGAGUACUUCUUUUAAAUCCUGUCUUUUAUAUUUCCUAUUAUGACAAAAAUUUGCUACAUGGAGCUUGCAGAUAUGAUUUUUGAAAAUUAUUCUUACAUAAUUUCAUUUAUUUAUUAUUAUUGUUUGAUGGAUUCACCAUGAAGUGCCUGCACUUUUUAAGUAAUUAUAUUAGUUGGAAAUUGAUAAAUCAUUUUGUCUUUUACCCUCUAAUCUUUCGAGUAGGUUUCUUGACUCGCCAUUUCUGAGAAAAUAUUGUGUUGUAAUUUUUUUUCUUUCCUUUUAGUACUGUUUUUUUUUUUUUUUUCAUUCAUUUUGUUAUUCUCUGAUGUCUAAAGAACAAACGGUUUACAAGUAAAAUAUAUUUUUAGGCCAGCAGUCUGUUUUCCUUUUAUAAAUGUAUAUAUUCAAAAGUUGAUCAUCCACAAUUCUUUUCCUUUUAUUAUUCAAAUGUCAUAUCUGACAUUUUAUUUGGUCUGUUGAUUUAUCAUAAUGCAGUGUUUCCAUAAGAAUGACAUUCUUUUUUGGAUAGUAAUUCAUUAGUACUGUGUAAAGUAAAAACUUAAGCUAAUUAUUUUCAAUCAAUCAGAAAAGUGGUUUUGUUUCCCUUAUUAUACCAUCUAGUAAUAUUUUGUUUAGAAUUCGAUCCAGUUUAUGAGACGUGAAGUUAUGUACCAUUGUGCCCUGUAAAUUUAUCUGUUAGAUCAUUUGCAGCUCACAAGCUUGGACAUUUUUUUUUUUUUUUUGACCAGGGUUUUUUUCCAUUAUAGAUUUGUGCCUUUAGAAAGAAUAAAGUUUUACUGAUAAAGAUAAUUUUUUAAUUCUAUAUUCAGAUAGUUUAUUUGGCAUAUACACCUAUCACAAAAAGAAUUAUUUGUUUGUCUGUUGUAGUAUUUGUAUGCAGAUAAAAUAGUUAAGGUUAAAAAAAUCCUAGAUAUUUUCCCAAACUGUAAAAAUUUUUCUUUGUCACUUCUUUCUUGACAAAUUGAUUUAUUUUCAAAGCGAAUACAUUACAUGAAUUUUAUUUUUAUAGUUUCUAAUCAAAUUACUAAUGUACAAUACAAAAUUUUAAGUCUAGUUAAAAAGAAAUCUAUAUUGAUACAUUAAUACUGAACAAUACAAUAAAACUUAUCAAUACAUUAAACCUGAAUGAUACAAGGCAAUUUUUUACAAAUUAUGAAAAAAUAUAUAAAUCAAAGGAAAUCCUUUUCUGAGAAAUAACAUCCUCGCUAAUGAAGUCAUGAAAUACUCAAAUUACCUGAUGCCUUUGUUUUUCAUAAACGUUUAAAAAAUGCUACGAUUCAAAUAGACUUGAACAUAACAGCAGGGUUAACAAAGGAGAUUGAUCUACUUUUGAGUUGAAUUAGGAAAAUGGAAAAUACUGGUUUGCCCUGUAGGAGAGCUACUUGAAACAAAUAUAUAGUUCUCUAAUACUAAUCUAACAUCUAUCUCCAUUUUUUUAAACUUUUCAUUACUGAUCCAGCACAAUCAGCCGGGCAAAUUCUAUACUGGCUGAUUGAUUUCUGUUUCAAAUUAGGGGUUCAGGAUAUAAAGCAAGGACAUCCUUGGUAAUAACUCAUUUUAUAUCUUACACUCUAUUUUUUAAUAGUUUUGACUUCUCAAGAACUCCUGUAAUGUUUUAAAGUGAAUUUGUUUCUGCAAUUCAUUUUUAUUUAAUAAUUAAAGCUUCAUCUGCAUAUUUUAUUACCAUCAGUAUAUCUACAUAAUUAUUUUUCUGAAAAUAAUUGAUUUGCAUGCAAAAUUGAAUUCUGAAUCUCCUUAUUUAAAUUAUAAAUCUUUGUAUUUCUUUUGCUAAAUUGAUAUAUUCAAAGUCAUUUUAAUGUAACCCUAAUUACAAUUAAAAAAUAUACUCCAAAAAUGAAAUUGUAAAUCAACUUAAAAUGAUGAUUUUUUGUGUUGUGAACUGUUGGACUUCACUCGUUAUAAGGUAUUGCAUUUUAAUAAUUUCAUUGAUAAACAUUAUAUUAAAAUAAUCUUAUUUUGGUUUUUUGAAAUUAAAUUUCUUCAAGGGUUCAUCAUUUUUUUCCCUUGAGAUUUUUAUUACUUAUCUAUUUGAAAUUAAAAAUAACUUGCCAAUUUCUGAGUUUCUUGUGUGUAUUUCUUUUCACUUAUUUUUAAGAUUUGUGAAUCACAGGAUUUGCGUUAUAAUAAUAAUGAAAAAAGUUUUGUUUUUAAUUCGUAUCUAGAAUUUUGAAAGAGGACUAAUUCCUAUCAAUGCAUGCUUUUAGUGUGAAGCAUGAUUUUUACCAUAAUUUAUGAAGAUACUGUUUGAGUUAAUAUUGAUGAGAUUGUUAUUGUUAAUCAUUGUUACUGUUUAGAAUGUUUAUACUGUUAAAACUUUUAUUGAGAUUGGUCUUGUUGGACUUGAAAGUUGUUGACUUGGUUUUUAAUAGAUAAUUAUAUUAUCAAUGAAAACUAAAUGUUGUAAAUAGCUUUAUGUAUUCUUUUAACUCUGUAAUCAUAUAUAUUUUUUUUAAUCUUAUGUUUCAGUAAUAUCUUUGAUUUCUUAUUGAUUAUUAACGAAACUGGUAUUUUUAGCUGCUUUUGUUAAUGACAUUUCACAUCAUCAUAUAUUUUGCAUUGUGAUGAAAUUGCACCAUAAAAAUUGUUUAUUGCAGACAAUUUUGUUAAAUAUUUAUUACCAAAUUUAAUUUCUAUAUAAUUAAGAUCCUUUAGUUAAUUAAAAGUAUGAAAUAGCUAUAUCAAGCAUUUGUUUUGGAAACAUUUGACUUAUCUGUAACUGUUUCAUAGAAUUUUCUUUUUUUAAUGCAUCCAAGUAAA